UUAGAAAAUAAAGUAGCAAACUUAAAUUAGCUAAGUCUUUUUUUUAUUGCAGAUGCUUGGGAAUCUCUUUAAAAGCAAACAUGUUGUGCAAUUUAUUGGGAAAGCGAAUUUCUGCAGUAAACCAAACAACGACUUUGUCCCAGUAUAUUUUUUCCCUUUUAUUAAGACAUUUUCAAUAGUAAACAGAAUAAAGUAUUACCAGUCUGCUGCAACCGCUGGAGGAAUCCCCUUGAGCGUAAUUCUGAAUCAAGCAAGUGUAAUUACACUAGAUCAGACUAUAGCGACAGUUUUUGUUGGGAUAUCGGGAUGUAUGGUCCUUCACACAUUCGGUUUAAUGACGAAGAAUUUCGUUGGAAUCAUGUACAUAAACGAGAAAAGCGAUGAAGUUAAGAUAUCCCGUUUGGAUUUCUGGGGUAAAAGAAAGGACGAUAUUGUGCCCAUCUCAGAUAUAGUACCCUUCUCUGAACUACCCUCAUCAAUAACCGAUACGUUAUAUACUAAAUUACGGUUUUUCUCCGACACCAAAACGAUGCUGAAAGUGUCUUUGAAAUUUGGGAAAAUUCUGGAUGAGAAAUUAUUUAACAAGCACAUUAAUCAGUGAAUGAAGUUGUCUAUAUAGUUUUAAUAAAAUAUUGCAUUUUGAACGUGAUG